UGGGCGGAGCCUAUCUACUUAAAAAGCGUGCUUAGCUACACGGCUGGUCAGGAACGUUCGGAAAGCUUCUCUCGUAGUUUCUUGAACGAUCUUUCGACAAGGUAUAAAAGUUAAACCUCAUAAUGCCUCAUCAUAAUGCAAUCAGAAUCAACCACAAGACACAACGAAUUAGAUUCUACCAUAAGAUACGACGGCGAUCAUAGAUUAGUUACUAAUCAUUAGUACCUGACUUAAAACUUUUACAAGAAAAGUUAGGAUUAGCUGAAAACUGCUAAGAUUUAUGAUGUUUUCAAUCACACCAAGACUUGAUGACUGUGGCUUGUUUCGUCUUGCUGAUGAACUGACAAAUCCAUGGGAAUAUCGAACACAAUUCAACCCAUUGUGGCUAAGAGAUGCAUCUGGAGCUAUAAACAAAGAAUCUGAAGUUCAAAACACUGAUAAAGAAUUCAGAAUCAGAUUAGAUUUGCAUCACUUCAAGCCAGAGGAAGUCAAAAUCACAUCAGAAAACAAUCGUGUCAAAAUUACUGCAAAGCAUGAAGAAAAACAGGACAAUCAUGGCUUUGUGUCUAGAGAGAUUUGUAGAGUUUACAAGUUACCUGAAGAUGUGGAUCCAAAGUCAGUGACCUCAACAAUGAACUCACAAGGUGUUCUUAGCAUCAAAGCAGCCAAAUUAGCUUUAGAAGCACCUAAAGAAACUGCUAUUCCUGUUGAAUUCAAAGGCUAAAAUUUAAAUAUGAUCUAUUUGUUAAGAUUGUAUUGUUUGUUUUAUUGAAAAGUAUCUCAAUUUCAAAUGUUGAGCUUAAAUUUUGUUCAUUAAAAAAAAUGUUUGUUCUCAAGCUACUUUUGCUUGCUCAUUUACAUUGAUAAAUAAAUUAAGCCAUUGCUACUAAAUGCUCACUUAGAGAAAAGUUGUAAUUUUCCACUUUUGAAAACAUUUUUGUUGUUCAAUUUUGCUUCAAAUUGUAUUGGAUUUCAGGACAAUACUCAAAAAGUAUCUGCCACUGAUACAAUUCAUAAUCUGUUGUCAUGGUUUGAGAGCUGGGUUCAUUGAGCUUUUAGCAUUCCCACAUUAUUUUGUCUGUGUCAGAAUGCUUAGCAAUAUUAUACAUCUUGAUUGUUCACUUGAAGUUAAUUGUUUUUGUGUGCAAUAUCUUGAUAAUGUCAUGAUAUGCUUUAAAAUUGACACAAGUGAAAAAAAAAAAUAAAAUUCUGUAUUUUA